GCGCCAUCUUCCUGGAAAUUGCAGAUGCUGCGCUCUCCCGACGCUGUUCUGCGCGUUCUGGGUUGGGCGACUGUGCAGCCGCAGGUAGAAUUCCAGUCGUCUACAUACUUACCAGAACAGAGAAAAUGAACACAUCUCCAGGGUUGGUGUCGUUUGAGGAUGUGGCUGUGGACUUCAGCUGGGAGGAGUGGCAGGACCUGGAUGAUGCUCAGAGGACCCUGUACAGGGAUGUGAUGCUGGAGACCUACAGCAGCCUGCUGUCCUUGGGGUCCUGCAUUACCAAACCUGAGGUGAUCUUCAAGUUGGAGCAAGGAGCAGAGCCAUGGAUGGCGGAAGAACCCUCAAACCAGAGCCAGCCAGUUGUCCAGAAAAUGGAUGACACCACUGGGACCAGCCAAGAAAGUCAAGACAUAAUUUUUUGGCAAGUUGUAAUCACGAACAACAACACAUCAACUGAGGACAGAGGAGAAUUAAGAAAAGCAGUUAAUUUAAACUCAACCCAUGUUUCAAAACUUGUUGUAAAGAGUGAGGAUUAUUCAGAAAUGAGGCCUGAGAUGUUCAGCAUUUGUCAGAAUGUGCUCCUCCCGCGUGAAGCUGAUGAGAUGCGUGCUGGAGGAGAACCUGGUGCCUACAGUGUCACCGGGAAAUCCCUCCGAUGGUGUGAGAAUCUUAGUCAGCAUCACGAGGUUCAGACUUGGCCGCAGCCAUUUGAAUAUAGUGGACAAGGGAGAGCUUUCAACAGGGAGGAAGUAUUCUUUGCACAUGAGAGAGUUCAAAUGAGAGAGACUUUCUACAAAUAUAACGAAUAUGGGAUGGGCUGUGAUGAGUCAGCUCUCAUUGGUGGGGAGGCAACUCACAUAGGAAAGGAAGCUUUCUAUGAAAUGUCUAAUUUCACUGAUCAUCAGGAAACACAUGCAGGAGAGAAACUCUAUGACUACAUUAAGUGUGAGGAACCUUUGGUUAGCAAAUCAGAUCUUAAAAUAAAUCAGGCAUAUACAGGGAAAAAGCCUUAUGACUGGAACCAGUGUGAGAAAUCUUUCAAUUGUAAACCAGGCCUUACUCUGCAUCACAGAAUUCAUACAGGGGAAAAGCCCUAUGGGUACACUGAAUGUGUGAAAGCUUUCUACCAGAAACCAAUCCUCACUAUGCUUCCAAGAACUCACACAGGGGAAAAACCCUAUGAAUGUGAUGAAUGUGGAAAAACCUUUUGCCAGAAGUCAAACCUCAGAAAACAUCAAAGAAUUCACACAGGUGAGAAACCAUAUGAAUGUAAUGAAUGUGGAAAAACCUUUUUCUGGAAGUCAGACCUCACUAUGCAUCAGAGAACGCACACAGGGGAAAAACCCUAUAAAUGUGAUGAAUGUGGAAAAACCUUUUGCCGGAAGUCAAGCCUCAGGAAACAUCAAAGAAUUCACACAGGUGAGAAACCAUAUGAAUGUAAGGAAUGUAGGAAAACUUUCUCUUACAAGUCAUAUCUCACUCAGCAUCAAGGAACUCACACAGGGGAGAAAGGAUACGAAUGUGAGAAAUGUUGGAAAUCAUUCUACCACAAGUCUCAGCUCAUUAUGCAUCAGAGAAUUCACACAGGGGAAAAACCCUAUCAGUGUAACGAAUGUGGAAAAACGUUCUGCAGGAAGUCCAGCCUCAGCAUACAUCAGCACACUCACACAGGGGAAAAACCCUAUGAAUGUGAGGAAUGUGGAAAAACCUUUUACCUGAAGUCAGUCCUCACUGUGCACCAGAGAAUUCAUAAAGGGGAAAAGCGCUAUGCAUGUAAUGAGUGUGGGAAAGCCUUUUAUUGGAAGUCACACCUCAUUGUACAUUACAGAACGCACGCAGUGGAAAAUCCCUAUGAAUGGAAUGAAUACAGGAAAGCCUACCAGAUGUCAGUCCUUGGUAUUCAUCAGAAUACUAACACAGGGGAAAAACCUUAUGAAUGUAAUGAAUGUGGAAAAACCUUCUGCAGGAAGGGCGACCUCACUAUGCAUCACAGAACUCACACAGGGGAAAAAGCUUACAAAUGUAAUGAGUGUGGGAAAACAUUUUACCGAAAGUCAGACCUCAUCAUACAUUUGAGAACUCACACAGGGGAAAAACCUUAUGAAUGUAAUGCAUGUGGAAAAGGCUUUUACCGGAAGUCACACCUCAUCAGGCAUCAGAGGACUCAAAUAGGAGGAAAACUCUAUGAAUGUAAUGAGUGUGCAAAAACCUUUUGCCAGAAGUCAAACCUCAGGACACAUCAGAGAACUCACACAGGUGCGAAAACAUACGACUGCCUCGAAUGUGGAAAGGCUUUUUGUCGGAAGUCACACCUCAGCAAACAUCAGAAUAUUCACAGAAGAGAAGCACUAUGAAUGCAGGAAACACAAGUCAAGCCUUGACAAACAUCACACGGAAGAGACACCGUACGACUGUAAUGAAUGUGGAAAAACUUUUGCCAGAAACCAUGCAAGGGAGUAACCCUGAAUGGCAGAGACUGGCUAUGUGUUCUUCAAAUUCUGCUCUCUGUUGGACAUGCAGUGUUCAUUCUCAUCUUCCCCUUACUGUGGAUAGGACCAUAUAACUAAGCUCUUGCUUUCACAUACAAAUUUGGAGAAGAAAUAAACAUCCACUCCAAAACACCAUCUUCAUCAUUUACUAAUUUGUGAUUUGGAGUGGCUGCUUUUUCUCUGCCCAUCAUUCCUUCCUCGUGUUAUUCUGAUACAGACCAGUUGUGUGGCCACAGGGGCAUCAUAUGACUCAGGUGGCAGUCAUAAUGCUGUGCAUACAGCCCUGCAUGGUGAGUGUUUUGUCCAGGGUGGGGUGUGAGUUUCUGCUGACUUCUGAAAUCCUGACAAUCACAGACUUGCUGGUGUGUGGAUCUGCGGCUGCCUGUACUAUCAGGAAGAAGAGAAGCUGUGAGCAGAGUCCUGGCAGCCCAACGUUCAGGAAGUCUUCAGUGACUGAUGUGCCAGGACUUAGGUUGUUCUGUUGUUCCAGUUACACUCUGUGGAGGUGAAUUACUCUUUGUCAGUGAGUACUGACUAGACUGAAUUUAUAAGACCUGUUUGUCUCCUUUUUUAUUUACUGAGCUAUCUUCAGGCAGUCUUACAUAAAUACAGUCAUGUCUAAUAGUGUAGUUGCUGUAUGUCCCUUUUGCCAUCAUUUUGAUCUUUAGUUUUAUUUGAAAUCAGUAAACUUCCUCAUCUCUGAAGGCCUUUCUGAUUUCUGGUUGGUUUUACAUUCAUCUUUGGUCUUGGCACAUACUCAGGAUGGCACCGUCCACCAGGUGUAGCCAUUUCAGGUACCCAGGCUGAGGUGAUAGCUGCUCUGUGUGCAGCUACUCCUGUCCUGUCCUCCACUAAUACCCACUGGAGAUAGCCCGAUGAGCCCUGGCCAUGCCCCCUUGGUGUCUCCCAGAUGCUAGUCAGUCACAAGAUGCAGCCCUUAAAUAUCAGAGUGCAUACAGAGUUGCAGGAAAAUAAAUGAUUGUGUGUAAUUUGGCAAGACAAAGCCAAAUAGCUGUGUUUCUUCUAACCGGAGUUGACUUUGAGGCAAAAACAUUUUAAGAGAGAAAAAAUCUAUACUGAAAAUAUUCAGUCAGUCUGGGUUAUAUAACAGUUCUAAAAAAUGUUUCUCACAACUCAGCAUGAUAAAGUAAAAUUUAGCCAACUUAAAGGAGUAGAAAAUGGGUCAUCAUAGACCGUCGUCUUUACUGAGUUCAGAAAGGGAGUGAAGUGUAGAAAAUAAAGGUAAGAAACAGGGGAAACUGAAGCAGUAAACAGAUGUGGAAAUCCCCAUUGUCAAUGUAGUGACACUGGAAGCAGAAAGCCCCAGUUGACUUUCACUGCUGUUUUC